AUGCGAAUUAGUGAGAUGGCCAACGGCACAUUUUUGGGAGGUGUGUCACUUUGGGAAUGCGCAACUAGAGGUUAUAUGGUAUUCAGCAUUUUCGGCAGAGAACUUGUUUCGUUAUCUAUGCUUUUCAUGGCGGCAGAAAGAAUAUUUGUCGUCUUGUCAAUUGGAACGUACCGACUGUAUGCAACACCCGUAGCCCGAUUCGUGGCAGUCGCAAUUUGUCUGCUUGUUUGCUUGAUCUCUAUACUAAUUAUGUUCCUCACUUCAUAUUAUGACAGCCGCAUUGAGGUGGAAGAUGAUAAAUAUUGUGGAAUUUCCGGGAGGUUGCUGAAAUAA